CACAGAUAAGUAAUCGGUAGUUCCGUGACAGAUAUCAGCGGCUAGUCGACAGACGAUAUAAAAAGAAUAAGUCUCCCUGCAGUAUAGAGUCUUAAAUGUACAACAGCUAACAGUACCAAUUUUAUAUUUGUGCGCCUACUUGCAAGACACUUUGCAAAUACCCGUUUGACUUUUACAAAAAGCGAAACUGACUCCCACCUUCCCGCACAAACUAUGCUGAGAUUUAGCCCCAUCGUAUCUCGGGCCGGGUCCCAAAUCGAUGUGGACCAACUCCACAUCCACUCCAUCCUUUCCAACCAGGGGAAAAAGAUCGUCGUGGAUCAUGAUGUGGACCAGGAUGAAGCCGUGAUGUUGGCGCUUGGUUACAAGCAGGAGUUCAAAAGAGAAUUUUCCCUUUUCUCCACCUUCUGUGUUUCCUUUGCCGUCUUGGGUUUACUUCCAUCGAUUGCCUCCACCAUGAACUACGGCACGCUUGUCGUCGGUGCCUCGCCCUUGCCCUGGAUCAUCGCGAUGAUCGGUGUCGGCUCGGUAGCGCUUUCCCUCGCGGAGAUUGCCAGUGCAUACCCGACAUCUGGUGGCUUGUACUACGCCACCAAACAGUUGGCGCCGCAGGAAGGUUCUAUCGGUGCGUUCUUAUCCUGGACGGUUGGCUGGUCCAACUGGAUUGUGCAGAUCACUGGUGCCCCCUCCAUUGACUACGGUUGCGCUUGUAUGAUUCUCGCAUUGAGGACGUACCAAAACUCCGACUACUCCCCCUCGAAAGGUGAGAUUUAUGGCUUAUCGUUCGGUUUGAUGAUUAUCGACUCUUUCAUCUCGUCCAUGCCUACCAAGUGGAUCGCCUGGUUCAACGAGGCGGGUUCCAUUUCUAACAUGGCCUUCUUGUUUGUCGUGUUUGUGAUGCUUCUUGCCGGUAACGACAGAAUGCACAUCAUGGAUGUGGACACCAAGUUUAACACCGCGGGCCAGGCCUUUGCCAUCGACAACCAGACUGACUGGCCGAACGGGGUUGCAUUCCUCAUGUCCUUCUUGGGUGUCAUUUGGGCCAUGUCUGGCUACGAUUCGCCGUUUCACUUGGCUGAGGAAACCGCAAACGCCCAGCUCUUCACCCCUAGAGCCAUCGUCAUGACUGCCGGCAGUGGUGGGAUCAUUGGGUGGGCCUUUAUGUUUGUCAUCGCCUUCACCAUUGUCGAUGUCAACGCGAUUGCUACCGAUUCUUUGGGACAGCCUUUCAUCACUUACUUGGCCCAGGUCUUGCCCCACAAUAUGGUGCUCGCAGCGGCCGCCCUCACCAUUAUCUCGUCCUUCUUUAUGGGACAGGCCUGUAUGGUAGCAGCCUCUAGAGUCACUUACGCCUACUCUCGUGACGACUGUUUCCCGCUCUCCUUCCUCUGGAAACAAGUCAAUCCCAUCACUGACACGCCAGUUAACGCCGUCUGGGGGAACUCUCUUAUCGGGGUACUUCUUCUCUUGUUGAUCUUUGCGGGCGAAGUCGCUGUGGGUGCGCUUUUCUCCGUCGGUGCCAUUGCUGCCUUUAUCUCUUUUAUUAUUCCAGUUUUCCUCAAGAUCACUGUGGCCCAUAACCACUUCACCAGAGGUCCAUGGAACUUGGGCAAGCUCUCUAGACCAAUCGGGAUUGUUUCUGUGGCCUUUGUCGCGUUGAUGACGCCAAUCUUGUGCAUCCCAUACAGCAAGGGCUCGGACUUGGAUGUCCUGUCGAUGAACUGGACCGUGGCGGUGUAUUUCGGCCCAAUGUCGAUUUCCACCCUUUGGUACCUCGUUAGUGCGCGCAAGUGGUUCAAGGGUCCAAAGAGUAACUUGGACGAAUCCUACUUCCAAAGUAUGGACAACUCGGAGUAUAUUUCCGGGUUGGAACAGGCCGUGUAUAGCAAAGAAGGCGCUGAAAACGGCGUUGAGGUCUCGGAAAAGCAGUCGCGUUAGCAGGGCUACAGAAGGCUUACUUUUUAUGUAGCUUUAACAUUUAAAUUGAAUAACAGGAUUUUAUGGAAGACGGUGGUACAGGGCGUGCUGAAUAGUCGGGGUAGGGUUGAAUAUUACUGAUCGUAUAAUUAAGCCUGUGCGGGGGUCGGAGCGUGACCGGGGCUCAGGGUGUAGGACCCGAGAUAUCGUUUCAGGAGGUUACUUUGUGUUUCGUGGUUUAUCUGAGCUCCAACCAAAUUUUCUCUCGUUUGAUCCAGGGAUAUUACAACCGAUACCAUAACAAUCUAUCGCAAUGUCCUUUUGUGUGAAAUCCUUUUAGCUCCCAAGCGGGAAAGCAUACUUAAACGUUAGCUUAGAAAAGCGAUAUUGGCUAUUUAAAC